UCAUACUCUUGGCAUAUAUUAAACUCAUACAACAGUUCAAAAUUCACUUUUCAAUUGUAUUGUGAUUAUAAAAUUGCAAGUUAUUGAUUACUGAAGAUUGUGUGACAUGCAGGACAAAAGGCCGGCUUAACACUAUAAAAAUUUGUUCUGAACACAAGGCACAGCAUAAAUUUAUGUAUGUUCGUAGUAAUUUGAACAGUGUACGCAGGAUUUUAAAGACUGAUUAAGGAUUAAACUCACAGGGACCAGAAUGAGUCGGUUGUUUAAUGAAAAUCAAAUGGAUCAGUGGCACACUAAGUUCUCACUGUGGAUGCUUCUGCUAAGUUCACCCAUAGUUCACAAUGAAAUUGUCAUCAUAGAUACUGAUGCUGGGGCUGAUGAUGCAAUUGCUGUGUACCUUGCUUUGAAAUCAAAACUUGCACAAAAUGUAAAAGCUUUAACUGCUGUAACAGGAAAUGCACAGGUGGACGAUGUGGUGGUUAAUUUGAUAAAAACAUUAGGCACUGCUGGUUUUGAGGUUCCUAUUUAUAAGGGGAUGAGAACUCCUUGGAGUGGCCACAUUUACUCAGAUGGUUAUUUUGGUAAUGACGGUUUUGGGGAUUUUGAUUAUGAUGGUCCACUGAAUAAAUCAUUGAUUCAAAAAGUUCAUGCCGUUGACUUUAUGAUUGACCUCGUCAAAAAGCACCCAAAACAAGUGACAAUAAUUUGCAUAGCUCCUCUCACAAAUAUAGCAGAAGCAGGGAAAAGGUUCAGUGACUUUUAUAAUCUUGUUAAUAAAUUGAUCAUACUAGGUGGAAAUAGUAGUCCAGAAUCUAGCAUUGAAUUCAAUAUGAAAGCAGAUACAAAAGCAGCGAAUUUCGUCUUUGACCAUUUAAAUGAUAAUUGUUCUGCAGUUGUAAUCCCAUAUGAGCUGUUUACUGGCAAAAACACCUUCCCUUUGGAAUAUAGGAAAAAUGUAUUGGGAAAGAUUGACAAUAAAAUCGUUCAACUGUUCAACAAUGCUGAACGAAUAUCUUUCACAAAAACCAAUGAGUGGAGGACUCCUGAUGAAUUGGCGGCUGCCUAUUGGUUUCAGCCAGACAUCGUAACCUCGUCUACAAUAGGAAAGCCGUUUGUAGAUCCUGACACGGGAAGAAUGAUCAUAUUAGAAGGAAAAACUGCAAAUAUUAUUUUAUCGGUCGAUAUGAAGAAAAUGAAAAAUAUCAUUUUCAAUUCAUUUGAACGAUUUUGAAACAAAUUAAUUUUUGAAAUAGUUAUUUGUUAGUAUGAAUUAAACAAUUGUAUCAUUUUUCUUUACUAUGUAUUACUAAUAUUCAUCACUCAAAAUUAAGCUAUCAGUGUGUAUUAUAAUUAAUUAUAAUAAACAA